CCGCCUGCUCCCGCCAUGCCAUCCGGAGGAGGCUCAGAGUCCGGCCAGGAGAGCCCCGGCAUGGCACGGCCUCUCGGGCUCUGCCUGCUGGCCCUGCUGGGGCUGGGGCUGGGGGUGGGGGGCUCGCCCGCCUGCCAGGACCCCCAGGGCCAGCCCCGCCGCUGCAUGCCAGUCUUCGAGAACGCCGCCUUCGGCCGGGCCGCCCAGGCCACCAACACGUGCGGUUCGCCCCCUGAGGACUACUGCCUGCAGAUGGGCGCCCGCCAUGCCAGCGCCCUGUGCCACCGCUGCGAUGCCACCGACCCCCGGCACCACCACAACGCCUCCUUCCUCACCGACUUCCACAGCCAGGAGGAGAGCACCUGGUGGCAGAGCCAGUCCAUGGCCUUCGGCAUCCAGCACCCCAACUCCGUCAACAUCACCCUCCACCUGGGCAAAGCCUAUGAGAUCACCUACGUGCGGCUGAAGUUUCACACCAGCCGCCCCGAGAGCUUCGCCAUCUACAAGCGCAGCCGCGCCGAGGGGCCCUGGGUGCCCUUCCAGUACUACAGCGCGUCCUGCGAGAAGACCUACGGGAAGCGGCAGCGGCACUACCUGCGGCCGGGGGAGGACGAGCAGGUGGCUUUCUGCACCGACGAAUUCAGCGACAUCUCCCCGCUGAGCGGGGGCAACGUGGCCUUCUCCACCCUCGAGGGACGGCCCAGCGCCUACAAUUUCGAUGGAAGCCCCGCGCUGCAGGAGUGGGUGACCGUCACCGACCUGCUCAUCUCCUUGAACCGGCUCAACACAUUUGGGGAUGACAUCUUCAAGGACCCCAAGGUGCUGCAGUCAUACUACUAUGCCAUCUCCGACUUCUCCGUCGGCGGCAGGUGCAAAUGCAAUGGUCACGCCAGUGAGUGUGCGCCGGACGAGGCUGGGCAGCUGGUCUGCGUGUGCCAGCACAACACGGCCGGCACCGACUGCGAGCGCUGCCAGCCCUUCUACCAGGACCGGCCCUGGGCUCGCGGCACCGCUGAGGCCGCCAACGAAUGUCUCCCUUGCAACUGCAGCGGCCACUCGGACGAGUGCUUCUAUGACUGGGAGCUGUACCGGCGUAGCGGGCACGGGGGCCACUGCCGCAACUGCCGCGACAACACGGCCGGGCCCCACUGCGAGCGCUGCCGGCAGAACUACUACCGCUGGGAGCAGCAGGCAGCCUGCCAGCCCUGCCACUGCCACCCCGCAGGCUCCCUGCAGCCCCAGUGCGACAGCUCGGGGACCUGCCUCUGCAAAGCCAACGUGACGGGCUGGAAGUGUGAGCGCUGCAAGGACGGCUACCACAGCCUCAGCGAAGGCGGCUGCAGACCCUGCGCCUGUGACCCAGUGGGCAGCGUGGGCACCUGCGACCCCAACACAGGUCACUGCACCUGCAAGGAGAGGGUGGAGGGGCACUUGUGCAACAGGUGCCAGCCAGGCUGGUUUAACCUGCAGCCCCACAACCCCGCCGGCUGCACCAGCUGCUUCUGCUACGGCCACUCCACCGCCUGCACGGCGGCAGAUGGCUACGAGGUGACCCACGUCCACUCCGACUUCAGCCAAGGGCUGGAGGGCUGGGCUGCUGCAGCUCCGGGCACUGCAGACCUGCCUCUGCGCUGGGCUGAUGGGGAGAUCGUCACCGAGUGGGAUGGAGAGGAGCCGGUGGAUUUUCUUGCACCAGAGAAGUUUCUGCAUAACCAGCGUCUCAGUUACGGGCAGCUCCUGUCCCUACUGCUAGAGGUGGAGGGGAACGGGACAGGGACAGAGAGCGGGGUGCCCCUGCUCCCGGUCCAGCUGGUGCUGGAGGGUGAGGGGAUGGAGAUCACCAUGUCCAGCAGCGAGAGCCAGCCCCAGCGCGGAAAGCAGGCUGUCACCUUCAGGCUGCACGAGGCAGAGGAGGGUGCGGAGCCUUCGCUGUCGGCCUUCAGCUUCCAGCGCCUGCUCUCCAACCUGACCGCCCUCCGCCUCCGCGUCAGCCGCGGCCCCAUGCAAGGCAGGCUGUCCCUGAGCAAGGUCCAGCUCACGUCUGCUCGCCCUGGGCCAGGGGUGCGGGCGGGCUGGGUAGAGGAGUGCAUGUGUCCUCUGGGCUACGCCGGGCAGUUCUGCCAGUCCUGCGCGCCCGGCUUCAAGCGGGAGAUCUCCUUCGGUGGCCCCCUCGUCAGCUGCGUGCCCUGCGCCUGCAACCAGCACGGGGACUGUCACCCCCUCACAGGGCACUGCCAGUGCUUGCACAAUACAGAAGGUCCCUCCUGCGAGCGCUGCAGCCCCGGGUUUUAUGGCAACCCCUUCGUAGGGCACUUCGAUGACUGCAAGCCGUGCCCCUGCCCCGGCCGCUCGCCCUGCACCGAGGUGCCUGGCAGCGGGGAGGUGGUCUGCACCCACUGCCCCCCGGGGCAGAGAGGAAAACGCUGCGAGCUCUGCGACGAUGGGUUUUUCGGGGACCCUCUGGGGCAGAGGGGUCCCGUGCAUCCCUGCGUCCCCUGCCAGUGUCACAGGAACGUGGAUCUCAACGCCGUGGGGAACUGCGACCCCGUGUCCGGCCGGUGCCUGCGCUGCCUGUACAACACGACGGGCGAGCACUGUGAGAGGUGUCAGCCGGGCUUCUACGGGAACGCGCUGGCUCCCGACCCUGCAGGGAAGUGUGCACCUUGUGAUUGCAACCCCAACGGCUCAGCCCCGGGGCUGGAGGACUGCGAUCCCGGCACAGGCCAGUGCCGCUGCCUCCCGCACGUGACGGGCAGAGCCUGUGGGCUCUGCCAGCCUGGCUACUACAGCCUGCAGCCUGCCGUGGGGUGCAAGAGCUGCGAGUGCCACCCGACGGGGUCACGGAAGAGCGGGUGCCACGCGCUGACAGGGCAGUGCUCCUGCCAGCCAGGCGUCACAGGGAAGCAAUGCGACCGAUGCCAACACGGUUUCUUCGGCUUCUCUGCCAGGGGCUGCCGAGCCUGCAACUGCUCCCCACUGGGCUCCGUCACCCCGCAGUGCCACGAGAACAGCACCUGCCUCUGCCACCCUGGCUUUGUGGGCUACAAGUGCGACCAGUGCCAGGCCAACUUCUUCCUCGACCCGCCGAGCUCCCGCUGCCAGCAGUGUCCUGCCUGCUAUGGGCUGGUGAAGGAUGAGGCUGACCGGCUGAAGGCCAGGCUGCAGGAGAUGGAGGAAUGGCUGCAAAAACCAGGCUGCGACGGCCGCCCAGGCCAGUCCCUCAUGCUGGGAGAUGCACCCCGGGGAGAUGGGCUGCCCAGCCCUCACCUCCUGCAAGGUGCCCGGGCUGCCCUCUCGACGCAGGUGGGGCGGCUGGCAGGGGCACUGGGCACCGCACAGGGCCGUCUCAGCAAUGCCAGCCAGGCCACCGGCUGCUCCGGCCACGGACCCCCCAAGACCUGCAUCCUGCUGUCGGAGAUUGGGGCCACGCUGCAGUCGGCACAGCGGGAGAUCCUGCACGCUGCGGACACCCUGGCUACCAUGGAGAUUCCCCAGGAAAUCCCUCAGCAGCCCACGAACUGGAGCCGCCGGGCGCUGGAGGCACGGGCACUGGCUGAGAGCCACGAGGAUGCCGUGACGCAGGUGGAGGCGGUGGUCAGGAGAGCGCUGCGUGCCUCCAACGCCAGCUCUGAGCUCCUGCGGAGCCUGCUGGAGGGGAAUGCGACGUGGGAUGUGCAGCGUGAGCUGGAGGCCGGGUACGAGGAAAUCCAGCGGGCACAGGAGGAGCUGGGCGCUGGCGUGGCGGAGGUUGCAGUGGAGGCCAGGAGAGCUUUCACAGCCGUGCAGCAGGCAAACGCAGACAUGGCCGAGAAACUUCUGCAGGUGGCUGCACUGGGGCAGCAGGCACUGCCGGCGCAGGCUGGAGCCCUGGCACAGGACCUGGCAGCGCUGGAGCAGGCAGCGGAGGCACAGGAGCCGUUGGCUCAGCAGGCUGUUGAGGCGUCCCAUGCUCUGGCAGCCAGAUUGCGCCGGGAGCUGCAGAGGACUCGUGGCUUCGAGCAGCUACGGGACCAGGCUGGCUCUGCCCACAGCACGGCCACCUCGGCCAUCUCGCAUGGAAAAGCUGUACUUUCCAAUGGGGAGUCCCUCCUGGCCAGCUUGGAAGGCAUGAGGAAGGUGCUGAGCCAUCGGAAGGGCCAGGCUGCCCUGAGCAGGAGGAUGGCACUUGUGCGGGACAGGGCAAUGGUGGAGGCCCAGCGGAAGAUUAAACAGGCAGAGAAGACACUGGGAAACUCCUUGUCCGUCUCCACCACAGCCCAGAAGACAGCCAGGGAGGCUGAGCAAGUCUCUGGGGAGAGCGCCAAGAGGGCACAGGCUGUGCUGCAGGAGAGCAAGCAGGCCCGCAAGCACGCCAGCCAGCUCGCCACACGUGCCAAUGAGACCCAGCAGGAGCUCUCCCGGCAGAAGCAUGUGGCUGAGAAGCUCAGGGGGGACCUGGAGGAAGCACACCAGGUGGGGACACAGGUGAGUGAGAUGGCAAAAAGUCUCCAGGAAGCCCGGGGCUCGCUCAUCUCGGACAUCGAGACCCUGAACGACCUGCUGAGCAGCCUAGGCAACCUGGAGCAGGCCGUGCAGGCGGAGGCGGUGCUGAGCGCCGGGCGGCGGGAGCUGGAGCGGCUGUGGCUGCGCCUGGCCGCGCCGGGCGCCCUGGCCGGCCAGCUCAGCCUGCUGCAGCGGGAGGCGGCGCGGCAGUGGGAGAAGAUCCAGGCGUUCGAGAGCGACUUGGCUGAGAUCCGGGCCGACAAGCAGAACCUGGAGGACAUUUUGCGGAGCCUCCCCGAGGGCUGCUCGAAGUGGCAGUGACAGGUCCCUGGCCGCUGCCCCAUCAUCUCCGUGCCCUCCUGCACAGGGAAUGGCAGAGCGAAGGACACCCUGCGUUCACCAGCAUCGAUCCCUCCCACUGCCCUUCACACUGCCCACCAUACAAUAUCACACCCCAGGUCCUUAUCCACACCGGUUCAGGCUCAGCGUCCCAAGCGCACUACGGCAUGACUUCAGCCACCAGCUCUGUCCUCGGGGCAGGGGGACAACCAGCUACCAGGGACCACCGACCUUUUUGUGCCGGAUAUGGAGCUAUCACAGGGUUGGUCUCUCACCACGGAGUGAACGAAGAACCGUCACAGAUCUCCUCCAUGCUAGACACAUCCCUCCAUCCCUCCUUCCCCACUGCAGCACAGCGCACCGGGGAGGGACAGCUUAUCAAGUAUGUAGCGUACCAAAGCUGUAACACCUCACAGUCCCUCCUGCCCCAGGAGGAGAUGAGAGAGGCUGUUGCAUGCAUGCUGGAAGCUGGACCUGCUGCACAGCACCUUGCAGUGCGAUGCUCAUGUGCUGUGGUCACAGAGGUGCAGAGAUGAAUCCCGGUGAAGCCAGGCAGAGAGCUGCUCACCGGAGGGCAUGCAGCUUGCUUGCUUCCCAGGGGAAGGGAGUUCUAGCAGGGAGGGCUAAAUUGGGGCCAAGGAGAAGCAAAGCUGGACCCUUAAGCAGCUCCUGGCAGGCAGGUGGGGCAUCCUCUGCCUGCUGCAGGGUAAGCACAGCUCUGCUCUUGCUGUUCCUUUGCUCCAAGGUAGCGCAAGGUUGCCGCUGCCCACAGCUCUGGUCUUUGGGUCCUGUCCCAGCUCCUCUUGGCUCACUGGAUGUCACCAAGUCUGGCUAUAAACCAGCCCAAUUGCCGGCUGUCCCAGGGGCUGGGUGGCAUAGCAAUGCACCGGGCGGGGAGGUGGGAGAGCUGACACCUGCAGCUGCAUCACCUACAGCCCCACAUCAGCACCCGCACACCCUCCCCACUGGAGAGAAGCUGGCUGGUGACACCAGACUGCGCAGCCAGCGUGGGCUGGACAGGGAGCAGCUGGACACGGCCAGCUCCUGCCACUGUCAGUCCCACUUGGUGGCAGAGGUCGGCGGCUGUAUCGCCUUUAAAGGAAAGGCAUGUGCAUUCACCCCGCGCUCCCAUGCGGGCUGGUCUGUGGGGCCACGCAGGCAGCAGAGCCAGGUCCUUGUUCAGCCCGCUCUGCACUGGCUGUGCCGUGACUCCAGGUAGCAGCUGAAGUCACUCCCAUAAGGCCCAUAAGAAAGGAGUCCCCAGGCUGGAGCCUACUUCACUUUUUAACCUGUUUUAUCUGUGUUCUUCUGCUCACAGUGCUGGAAAUCAGGUUUGCUAAAGUCUUUUGUAACGCUGUAUGUAAAACUGCUACCAUAGACAUGGGAUCCCCCCAGCGCUGCCCGGGGUGGGUCCAGCGGUCUGGAAGAGACACAGGAUUUUCCUACCAUGAACAAACCCCUCUCCCUCCUAAUUCUGCACAAAAGCUGCCCAUGGAGUGGGGUGCCAGAGCUGCGGCGCUGCAGAAGUGUAAUGGCAGGGGCUCCCCUCUCGGUGCCCAAGGACAGCUCUGCAAAAGCAAAACCAUGCAGCAGUGAGAGCACAGCGUGAUUCGGCUUGGCCAAGAGGCAGGGAGCCACAGCCACUUACUGUCUCCCUGGGAAGACAAUUACACGUCUCCAAUCAACACACAAAUUUGCUGCUGUUACAGAAAUGUCAAGCCUCUGCCUUGUGCCUGCUGCUGAAGAUGUGGUUCAUCCUCCCUCCUGCUCUCCCUGGAACUCUUUUUUUAGCUGGUGACACCUGCCUAGAGCUGUAUCCAUUAAAAAUUCUUAAUAUAA